AUGAGGGGCAGAACUAGAUUGUUUGUUCUACUCUUAUUAUCGUUCUUCCUUUGUGUAUCGCGUUCAAGUGCUCAACUCCCACCUGAUGUUGUUGUCUCAGCUCGUUUAUUAGAUGUUCAUCUUCAAGAUUUGGCCUUCAAGACCCUUUUCAGCCCAAGAACUGGGGUGUCUUACGAUGCUCAAGUGCCCACCAACCUAACAGGGAUAAAAGUUUCAACAAUGAGGCUCAGAAGUGGUAGUUUGAGGACCAGGGGUGUUCUCAACUACAAAGAAUUUAUGAUCCCAAUUGGGGUUAUUGAGAACCCUUAUGUGGAAAGGCUCGUCUUGGUGUACCAAAACUUAGGUAAUUGGUCUGAUACAUUUUACCCUUUACCUGGUUAUUCGUAUUUGACCCCUGUUUUGGGCCUCUUGGCGUAUAGUGGUGCCAAUUUGUCUGCUUCAGUUUUACCUGAAUUGGCUAUAAGGGCUUCUGAUAAGCCAGUUUUGGUUAAUUUCCCUAAUGUGAAACUAUUGGGGGCAGUGGCCAAGUGUGUGUAUUUUGAUUUGCAUGGUUCAGUGAAAUUUGACAACCUAUUACCUGGAAAUGUGUGUUCAACAAUGCAACAAGGGCACUUCUCCAUCGUUGCGGAGUCAAAUGCUCCAUCACCAGCACCUUGUAGUCGUGGGGAGGUUCAAUUUGGUGGAAAGAAUAAGAUCAAGAAAAGGAAGAAGACCAUGUUGUGGAUGGGUGGGAUUUUGUUAUUGGUGAUUAUUAUGGGUGUAUUGGUUGUUGGAGUGCGAAGACACAGAAAGAGGAGGGUCCAAGAAUUGGAAUGUGUAGCUGAUGGCAAAUCACUCUUGGAUAUGACUUCUAUUGGUGACAUCAAAGUACCAUUUGCAUUUGGGACUCGUACAAGACCAACGAUAGAACAUGGUUACUUUGCUUAG